CGUGCAUUUCGACACUCCCAUCGCCCUCAGUCUGGCGGAUAGAAUUGUGUGCGACGUAACCCGGUCUUGCGUGCGACGCAUGCUGGGAAUUAUAGUUUUUUUUAAUGAGAUGUUGCUCGGAAAGGUCGGUCCCAUUUCCCAACGUGUAUACUGCAAGUGCCGUGACUCCGACGUGAGAUUGUGGGCGUGAGUGUAUUCUGUUUGCUGCAGCUGCUAGAGAACUGGAGGAACAUAGGGCGCUAGCUGUAAGCUUUCAGGGGGCCAACGGAGAAAGUCCCUUCGAACAAACAAGUGAGGAAGAAAUAGAAGAAAGUAUGUGGGAGACCUCCUCCGCCCCCAGAGACUAAUCGUUUGUUCCCUUGAAGCGUCAAGAGUUUGUUUAACUCUUUUUGGCUAAGCAUCAUGCUCUUUCCUGCCUGUAAGGUUUCCCGUCAAGCACAUCGUUGUCUGUACACCUUGAAAACGGUAGGACAAGAUUGUCUUCUGCCUUUGUGUGCAGCAAGAUGGGCUUCUUCCACUGUGCCACAUAUCACAACCCAUUAUACCAUUCACCCCCGGGACAAAGACAAGCGAUGGGAAGGGGUGAGCAUGGAAAGAUUUGCAGAAGAAGCUGAUGUUGUUAUAGUUGGAGCCGGCCCAGCUGGACUCUCUGCAGCUAUUCGACUCAAGCAGUUAGCUAGUGAACAUGGCAAAGAAAUUCGUGUGUGCCUGGUGGAGAAAGCUGCUCAGAUUGGUGCACAUAUACUUUCUGGGGCUUGCCUUGAGCCACGUUCCUUAGAAGAACUUUUCCCAGACUGGAAAGAGCGAGGGGCUCCACUACAUACUCCUGUAACAGAAGACAAAUUUGGAAUAUUAACAAAGAACUCUAGAAUCCCAGUUCCCAUUCUCCCAGGUCUUCCAAUGACUAACCAUGGGAAUUACAUAGUUCGUCUAGGACACUUUGUGAGCUGGCUGGGUGAACAAGCAGAAGCACUUGGUGUUGAAAUCUACCCAGGUUAUGCUGCAGCUGAGGUUCUUUUCCAUGAAGAUGGCAGUGUGAAAGGGAUUGCCACAAAUGAUGUUGGCAUCCAAAAAGAUGGGGCACCCAAGGCUACAUUUGAAAGAGGCUUGGAGCUGCAUGCCAAAAUCACAAUAUUUGCAGAAGGUUGUCAUGGACAUCUUGCAAAGCAGUUAUACAACACAUAUAAUUUACGAGAGAGCUGCCAACCCCAGACUUAUGGCAUUGGACUUAAGGAGCUGUGGCUUAUUGAUGAAAACAAAUGGAAAGCAGGAAAAGUGGAGCAUACUGUUGGCUGGCCUUUGGACAGACAUACAUAUGGAGGCUCAUUUCUUUAUCACCUAAAUGAGGGUGAACCACUAGUAGCUUUAGGGUUUGUGAUUGGUUUGGAUUAUCAAAAUCCUUAUUUGAGCCCAUUUAAGGAAUUUCAGAGAUGGAAGCACCAUCCAAGUGUACAGCCUACUUUAAAAGGUGGAAAGAGAAUUGCUUACGGUGCCCGAGCUCUCAAUGAAGGCGGUUUCCAGUCCAUACCUAAGCUCACUUUUCCUGGUGGACUACUUAUUGGCUGCAGUCCUGGUUUCAUGAAUGUCCCUAAGAUUAAAGGUACACACACUGCAAUGAAAAGUGGUAUGCUAGCUUCAGAAGCUAUUUUCAACCAAUUAACAAACGAGAAUCUCCAAUCAAAAACACUAGGGCUUAAUGUGCCUGAAUAUGAACACAAUCUGAAGAAAUCAUGGGUAUGGAAAGAGCUCUAUGCAGUCAGGAAUAUCCGUCCUUCAUGCCAUGGCCCCUUGGGUGUGUAUGGCGGAAUGAUUUACACAGGCAUAUUUUAUUGGAUACUAAGAGGAAUGGAGCCUUGGACCCUAAAACAUCCAGGGAUGGAUUCGAAGCAGCUAAAGCCAGCCAAAGACUGCACACCUAUUGAAUACCCAAAACCUGAUGGAAAAAUCAGUUUUGACUUGCUUUCAUCAGUAGCUCUGAGUAGUACGAAUCAUGAACAUGACCAGCCAGCUCAUUUGACUCUGAAGGAUGACAGUGUUCCUGUCAAUCAUAACCUAGCUAUAUAUGAUGGACCUGAGCAACGAUUCUGCCCUGCAGGAGUUUAUGAAUAUGUUCCUGUGGAAACUGGAGAAGGAUUACGGUUACAGAUAAAUGCUCAGAACUGUGUCCAUUGCAAAACAUGUGAUAUUAAAGAUCCCAGCCAAAAUAUUAACUGGGUUGUACCUGAAGGUGGAGGGGGGCCAGCUUACAAUGGAAUGUAAUCUUGAUCAAAACUGAAAGAACAUCCUAGCUGCAGAAUCGUAUGGCUUUGGUUCUGCUACCUUUGUUUUUAAAAGAGCAGUUAUUGAUGAUUGAAUGGUCCUCCAUGAGGUUAGCAUUCUAUUGAAGGCUGAACUUCGUAGUGCCUUAAGCAGUAAAUAUAAUGAUCAGUAUUGUCAGAUACAAUAGAAAUGUACACUCAAAUAAGCCUGCUCUGUCAAAGUCGAAUGCAAGCUGUGUGAGUACAUUCUGCUGUUUACCCAACUUUUCUAGAUUUCCAAUGUGAAUAAUUGAUGUGACCCCAGAAUAAAAGAUAUGAAAGUGUAUAUUCUAAAUUCUGUCUUCCCUUCAGCUUUUAACAUCUGAAGGCUAAGUUUCAGUGAACUCAAUUUUAAAAAUUAAUCUGAAGACUGCUAUCACAGACUUUAAUGUUACACAAGGAACAGAGCAAUGCUAGCCAGAAGCAAUUUGGUGUAACUUGAUUUAAUAAAGAAUGCUUUCCCUACAUGAUGAUUACAAAUUCAGUUUAUUUCUUCAACACCACUUUAACAGCAUUUGAAUUUUCAGUAAUGAGUUAUAGGUGGGGACUAAAAGGGGUAGAAAUAGCCUGCUGAAGUUAAACUUUGGGUAUGUUACCAAACUUUGUUCAAAUUGUUUGUACUUGAUCAUUCUGAAGCUUUACUAAGUCAUUUUUCAUAUACUUUUUAGGUUAAAAUGCUACUACUGUUAAAUAUCUUACUAUUUAACUUGAUAAUGAAAGAUGUUUGAGUUUAUAUGCAACCUCAAGAAAAUCCAAGAUGUAAACACAUGAAACAGCAUCAGUAUUGGUGACAGUCAAUAACACAUUGUCACUACUACUUAUACUAACCCUGCCUUUAUCAGUGCACAAGUUAAGAAGAAAAAGCUAUCUUGACUUAAGCAAACAUCUUUGCAUAAGCUGCCUUCUCUUUUUCCUUCUCCUUCUUUAUCUUCUGCUUAAUUUUCUGUACUUCCAUUUGGAUAGCUGUGGAAAUAAAAAAAGCCUAUGGUUAGACUUGCUGUUUUAUGCUUUCACAUGAAACUGACUUUUUUCAAAGUAACCUAUUUGGAAUAUAAAUUCCCAUUCCAUAAAUUCUUCUUCCCUAGACAGAGUUGAUUUAAGAAUCAGCUAGUCAAAAUGCUGAAAAAGAAGGAGCAGUGAUAUGGCUUGUAUAGCAUGUCAUGAAUGUGAAUUUCAUGGUAGCUCAUCCCCGCUCCGCACCCAUACCCCAAAUGUAAAUCUGGAUACAUAUCCUGGCUCAAGCAGCAAGAAAAUGUUUUCAGUCUUCAGGGAGCUUAUCUAAAAUGCUACCUUGUCCAUAUUACUAGAGAGAAUAAAGUCUGUCACUUUACCUUUGUCUUGAGGUGCUACACCUUGAGCCUUCUGAAGCUCAGCCUUUAAAGAAAAAUAAGAGUUAAGCAAAAUAUUCAUGUAUGUCUUGCUGCAAUGUUUAAGCCAAAUCCAAAGCUUAUAAUUACCAAUGCCUGAUCAUAAUCUUUUGUUCCUUCCCAAGCUUGAGCCCUUCUGUAAAGUGCUUUAGUAUUUGCAGGAUCUAUGGCCAGAGCCUGCAAAAUAAAAACAGUAUUCCUGAUCAAUCUUAGAUUCAGUAAGUGAAACCAACUACUGUAAUAAUUUGAGCAAAAGCAUUUCUCUAAGAUACCAUUUCCUGAGAGGUUUUUAGUAAGGAAACAACUCAUACAAGCUUUCUUAGAUUUAUUUCAAACAGAACCCAUUUUCUUAUCAGACUAAUUCAAGUCGCUGCAUAAAUUAGCUACAUAAUAUUCCUGUAAGCCGACAUAAUAUAAAAUGGUUGUUAAAUUUUCCUCUACACAGUCCUUUGUGGACAUUCUAGCAUCUGUGAAUUUAACUUGUUGCUGUACUAUGCUGAACAAUCAGUGUGAAAUAAGCCUGAAAAAGAGCUGUACAUUAUACUGACACCUUGUGGCCAUACAGAUAACCAGUUUCCAGCUAUCUAAGCUCAGCUUGCUUUGUCACCUAGCAACUGUUGAUUUCUGGGAGAUAUAUCCAAAAUACUAAAACAUUUUAUCACAAAACUAAGAAUGCAGUUCAAUAAAGCUGCACUAAAGCAAUCUUAACACAGAAGAAAGCUAAAAAUCAUACCAAGCAGCAGGAAAUACAAAGCUAAAGAAUUUCAGAGAAUACAACACCUAUGUUAAUACACAGUAAAAUGCAGUGUUAAAAGCAUCACAUUGUAAAAAUCCUGCAAGAAAGGGUUGUGCUUAGUGCCAAAAAAAGACAUUUUAGGUGCUAGGCAAGUCUCUCUUGGGAGGGUGAUCCAUAUGAAAAGGACCACUACUAAGAAAGCCCUUUCUGUUAUAGCCACCUGCUGACCCUCAGCUUGUGGGAGCAUUCUGCAAGACAGGCUUCUGGAGCACAGGUAGGAUACUUCACAUACUGCAGCCCCAUAAAGGGUUUUAAAGGUCAGAACCAGCACUCUGAAGUGGGCCCAGAAAUACUGGGGAGUCAGCAAAGAUGAAGUACUAGCAUGAUGUGGGUCACAGGUUGAGCACUGAAAUGCAUAAAUGUUCCAUGCUUGACCCGUUACAUUUAAAUUCUCUUACUACAUGUGUUGGCAUAUUGGCAUGCCACAGAUCAAAAGCCCAAGGUCGUGCAUCCCAGCACUGAGGCAUUACAUAUAAAUGCUAGGAGCAUUUAAACAUGUCAGAGCAGGUAUUGAACAUUUUAAAAGGUAGGCACUUUACCCACAGGUAAACUGGACUUGAGAAACACCUCAACAAAGUCUUCGUGUUGGACAAAAACUGGGAUAAGGGGACAAAGUUGUUUAAAGGCUAAAAGAGAAGCCUGUAUGAUCACUUUAGGUUAUUAGUUUUAAAGUCUUCAUGAAUGCUGGUCCAAUGCAAUAAUUCAGAAAAGACAUGUAUCCACACAAGAAGAGGGAUGUUUUGCUAUGUACAUUCUUUUAAAUAAAAAUGCACAUCAUAAAUAA